AGGUCGGCAGGUACUGUUGCUCCUCCUCUCUGACUCUCUCUUUCUUUUUCUCUCUCUCCUUCCUCACCAAAAGUUACCUACCUAGUUUCCCAGGUACUCCUUCCCGAUCGAUGCUGGUACUUUCCUGAUGAUUGGCCAUCCCUCAAAUCGACCGCUCUUGGACUUCGAGGCAAAGACAGGUACCUCAAGAACCUUUGAUGGUUGCCCAGCACAAGCCCUCGUCAGGACGUUUGGCCUACAAAGUCCCAUUCAAGUAACGCUCCCGCUGGCUCAAACCUGCCAGCCACCAAACAUCACCAUGGCCGUCCAGGCCAUUGCUCUUCUCUUGUUUGCUCGGCUCGUCGCCCUCGAGCUCCAAAGCGAUGUCUUUCCGGCAGUAGAAGCCCCCGGCUCAACCUCCACGACCGUCCUGCCAGCUGUGGUCACGCCCUCAUCUUUUGUGGCUAUGGCGACGGACCCUGUCGCGUGAGCUUACGCCUUGCGCAAAUGAACGCCUAUUAUGGCAUUACUUUUUGUGCUGACGUCUCUGCUAAUCUUGUUUCCAGCACUGUCACUGUCUCCACAACACUCACCUUAGUGACUCCAGCCAUUGAUGCAACUUCCUCCCUGCUCCUCACGACUACGGUACCGACCUCCACCUCAUCUUCACUGGCAGGCGAAGCCAAUGCCGCUGUCGUAAUGCCUGCACCUAUGCCCGUGCUGGCGGAUGCAUUCCCCGCACAAGCUGCCGCCCAAGCUUCAGCCGCAGCUCCAGCCGCAGCUCCCGAGCCAGCCAAUCCUGCCACUCUCACCAUGAGCACCACAGUCAGCACCAUCAACCCCACGUUCUCGCUCUCGCUGUCGACGCUUUGGGUUCCCGUGACUCUGGCUGACGGUGCCACGAUGUGGGUCCAGAGCACCUUCACGCAAAGCUUCGCGGCGGUGCCGGAUCAGGGCCCACCGCCAGGCAGUGGGCGCAUCGGGCUCGGAAGUCUGACAGUAACGAUGCGAGGCGACGGUGAGCAGGCGGCUGCGGUGGCAAUGGGUGCGCGUGUGGGGUGGAGAGGGGCUGUGGUUGCGGUGGGGAUUGUUGGCGCGGCGAUGCAGUGAUUAGGUGGGUUACAGCAGUAGGUUGUCGGGAGUGAUCGGGACUGUUCAGUCUUUUGUUUUUGUGGUUUUUCAGUCUUGUUUGUCGCACAGACACAAGUCGAGCUUUUCAGGCACAGGUAGUUAAGCACGUAAGAUGGUAGGUAACGACAUUAUGCACGCAGGUGAUGUGGGACCGGGAAGGGCUGUUCCUGACAGGUCACGGCACUCGGAGGUUGAAUGUAGCCGACGGUGCCGAUGUCUG